AACCCCACCAUCAGAUUCACCUUUAUCGCGCGUGAAGCCGGGCCAGUGGAGGCCGAACUCACAGCAGAAUGGACGAGGAAAACAAGCUCCAGUUCCCGUCUCUGCCCGCCUCCAAGGAGGACCUUCUGGAUUGGGCUUAUCCAAUGAGACGAGAAAUGCAGGAGAUUUUGCCUGGAUUAUUUUUAGGUCCUUACUCUGCUGCAAUGAAAAGCAAGCUGCCAAUUCUUGAAAGACACGGCAUAACACACAUUGUAUGUGUUCGUCAAGACAUUGAAGCCAAUUUUAUCAAACCUAAUUUCCCUCAUACAUUUAGAUAUCUUGUUUUAGAUAUUGCAGACAAUCCAGUGGAAAAUAUAAUACGUUUUUUUCCUAUGACAAAAGAAUUUAUCGAUAGCUGCUUAGCAGCAGAGGGAAAGGUUCUGGUUCACGGUAAUGCAGGGAUAUCAAGAAGUGCUGCCUUAGUGAUUGCAUACCUUAUGGAAACAUUUGGGAUGAAAUACAGGGAUGCGUUCAGUUACGUCCAGGAGAGGAGAUUUUGCAUCAACCCUAAUGUGGGCUUUGUUCAUCAACUACAGGAAUAUGAAGCAAUCUACCUUGCCAAAUUGACCAUAAAAAUGAUGUCACCGAUGCAGUUGGGCCGAUCGUUCUCUCUGCAAGCCGGGAUGCCAGGAAGCCACAAACGCAGCCUGGAGGAGGAUGAAGAUUUUGGAGUGAUGCAGGUCACAGCAACACAGGACGGAUGAGCUCUGCAAAUAAUAAGCUGCGUGGCACUGUGCACUCUUCUUUUCUUACUUUUUACAUUUUUAAUGGGAUUAAAAAUGUAAAUAUUUGAACUUUUUUCUAAGGGGAAGGGAGGAGGGUGGGUAAGUGGGUGGGCAGCUACUCAUGUCUGAGACAUGGAGUUCUGAUGGACGUGGGGCGAACUGGCUAACUUUGUUUUGUUUGUUUUUCUGAGCUGUAUGCACUGAUGGGAGAUUUUUUGCAGUUUUAUAGUAUUUAAAGCAUUUUGCAUUUGCAGCGGGACAGUAUUGCAAUAAUGCACUUUCAAUACUUGAAUUAGUCUAGUCGAGCAGACUGGGAACAUUGGAGAAAAGGAAGGUAGGCUGAAUGUUUCCCAGCGGAGGAUGUGAGAGGAGUAGCUAUGUCUUUAUUUCAGGAAUAAUAGAAUCAUGAACUAACAUCAGGCUUCAGGUGGCGCUGUCACGAACAUAAAAAUAACACUGCUUAAUAAAAGUCCUAAGUACUGUA